AUGCUGCUGUUACUGAUAACCGUGUGCGGGGUCCUGUCGCUUGGGUACAGUUGGACUACCCCAUGGACAGUGCCAACAACAGAUCUAGAUACCACAUUCUGGACUACUACCAUCUCGCUACCUGCAAUGCCGCCACAUACAACAUCCGAUUGGCGACCCUGUGGUGACUUCCCAUGGGACACUGAUGACGUCACCGUGGCGUGUGACUACAGCUACACUGACGUAAAGCAGUGGAACGGCUACCCUCCAGAACCCCCCUUAGUUCUGCAGGGACGGUGCACUGUGACCUGCCCAGUGGAAGCUGACAUGUUGGUCGGUCCUCCGGUUUCUGACUAUGAUGGAUACGUUGUGAUGGACGGAGCUUACUACUGCAACGUGGGCAACCGUACCUGGAUGGGAUCAGAACCUGUGUGUCUGGGCCGUUAUGACGUUAACUCCAUAGUCAUCACAGACGAGUCCACCGGGACCCGGCUGGUGGGGGAGAGUUCUACGGCUGUGUGGAGCUGUACGAUAACGUCACACAGCAGUGGGGGCCGGUCAGGGGGUGGGACGUUGAUUUCUAUGGGGGAGGGGGCAACUCUGCAUGACGCCAUAGCCCGGGUGGUGCGAGGUCCCUGUCCGUCUGGUGACAGGGACUGCAGCAGGGAUGACUACACCAUGUGUCUGGCCUGUGCAGGAGAACAACAACAUGAUGGUUUUCACGACAUCUCUGCCCACGUGACCUGCACGUCCGACCACCUGGAGGUCAGCUUCCCGCGCCCACCGGACAACUCCGUGCAGCCGGCGGACGUGCAGCUAGCAGCGCCGCCUUGCAGGGCGGAGGGGAACUCCACCCACCUGUUCAUCCGGGCUCCUCUGGGGGAAUGCGGCACUGCGAGAGAGUCCACCCCAGCCGAGAUGAUCUACCGGAACACCCUGAUCAUCGGAGCCGACUCCUCCCACGGCGGCAUCACCUGGCAACCGGUCACCAAGGUGCCGCUGGAGUGUCGUCUGCCGCGGAACAAGACCCUGUCCCUCGACUUCCGGCCUCAUCUCGAGUCGGUCAUCCGGUCCGGCGUCCAGGGCAGAGGAGACUUCCGGAUCUCCAUGGAGCUGUUCCGGACUGACGGCUUCCGGCAGCCGGUUACGGAGUAUCCGGUGUUUGUGGAGUUACAGGAGAUAAUCCACGUGCAGAUCCAGGUGAACUCCAGUGAUGCUGACCUGCAGGUGUUCGCUCACACCUGUGUGGCCACGCCUAGCGACGACCCUGACGACAAAACACAGAAUGAAGUCAUCGUCGAUGGUUGUGCCAAACUCCCAACGCUGCAGUUCUACCCGUCACCCGGCCCGGACAGGGGGCGCUUCGGCUUCCAGGCGUUCGCCUACACCAGCGGCGUUGACAUGGUGUACCUGCACUGUAACGUGCUGCUGUGUAAGGCCUCGGACCCGAACUCCCCCUGCGCGCAGGGUUGCCAGUCGCCCUCGGGCAGGAGGCGGAGGGAGGCCGAGGGCGAACCCGAGGUGUACCGGCUGAUCCAGGGCCCCAUGGUGGUUCGCGGCGAGGACCAAAAUGGUAAGACCGGCGACACCACCACAACCCGCGGGCGCCAGGUCACAGCUGCCGGGGCCGUGGUUGGAGCGUGUGCCGUACUGGCCAUCGCCAUGUCUGUGGGUCUCCUGUACAAGGCGCGGCGGCAUGGCAGCCAGGCCGGCUACAGUGUGCUGCACAACAGCUACUAG